AUGGCAGUAAAUAUGAAAAAGGACUCACCGUUUAUAUCAAGAAGUAUUAGAAAGCAACUGAAAAAGAUGGAAAUAACCAAGCUAACAGAAAUACAACAGCAAGCCAUUCCCUAUGCAAUUAAAGGGCGUGAUCUUUUGGGGAUUGCAAACACUGGGUCUGGGAAGACUCUUUCAUUUUUAAUUCCUGCAGCUGAGAAGCUUAUUCCAGAAAAAGAAGUAAAGAUUCCUAAAGUGCUAGUAAUAGCACCAACAAGAGAGCUUGCGAUGCAAACAUCUCGUGUGUCGCAGAAGCUCUUUGCAGAGUAUCCUGGGAUUCGAACGGUUCUUUUUGUAGGGGGAACUAAAAAGGCAGAUGAAUUAGAACAGAUGAAAAAGGGGUGUGCAAUUCUUGUGUGUACUCCUGGAAGACUUUUAGACCAUCUUAAAUCCGGCCUUUCUCUACAGAAAAUAGAGAUGGCAGUCCUUGACGAAUCAGACAGGAUAUUAGACAUAGGAUUUGAAAAGGACAUGUCAGAGAUUUUAACGUAUCUUCCAAAGAAGAGGCAAACACUUAUGUUCAGUGCAACAAACACGGACAAUGUUCUCUGCAGAUCCUGGCUAUCAAAAAGAUAUAAAAAAGUGCAGGUAAAAAUCGACGACAAAAUAACAGCAGAGGGGCUAAAGCAGUCCUUUGUAACGUGCCCAGAAGACAAGAGGUUUUCUCUUCUCUUUUCUUUCUUAAAAAGAACUGAAGAGAAGGUGAUUGUGUUCUUUUCAACGUGUGCUUCUGUUAUGUUCCAUGGAGAGCUCUUUUCUCUUCUUGGAUUCAGUGCUGGUGUUCUCCACAGCGGGGUAAAGCAGGACAGAAGAGCAAAAGUAUUUGAUGAGUUCUGCGAAGGAAAAAUUAAAAUACUUUUUAGCACUGAUGUGGCAGCACGUGGGCUGGACAUUCCUAACGUAAGAUGGAUUGUUCAGUACGAUCCGCCCACAGACCCAAAAGAAUACAUCCACCGAGUGGGAAGAACUGCUAGAGCUGGCGCGCACGGAGAAGCCCUUAUGUUUUUAUUACCACAUGAGCGGAUUUUCAUUCAGUAUCUAAAACAUCUUGGGGUAGAGGUAGACGAACUCACAUUCAAUGAGCCCAAAGAUAUUUCAGAGCAUUUUAUAAAAACAAUUAGCUCAAACUACUACUUAGAAAGAGACGCAAAAGAUGCCCUGAAGGGAUAUUUACAGGCAUACGCAGGGCAUAAACUAAAAAAGGUGUUUGAUGCAUCAAAAAUAGAACUCAACAAAAUAGCCAAGUCUUUUGGGCUUUCUUCUAUGCCCAAAAUAGACCUAACUAUAUGCGCUGGAAAGUAA